AUGGCGGAAACUGCUAAGGGAGAGGCAAGGUUGCGGUCCUGGAUACCUUUCACCUCGGCUCGGCUAAGGUCACCCUUGUUUGCAAACAUCUGGGCCGUCACUAGGUUUGACCGGAGAUCUUGUCGCAAUCGUGGCGAGGAGGAGGGUCGUGUAGUCAAGAGACCCAGAGCGCCAUCAGCCCCUGACCCUGACGUCGACGCCGCCUCCAAUGACGGUGACCAGGCCCUGGACGAGAGGAACGGUCCUCCCAAACAACCCUCCGUACCCCCAGGGUUCCUCAGUCCUUCUGUCAAGGAGUACCUGGAGCUCGGCAAAUCUAUACCAGGUCGACCCGGCGCCGACUACCCCAUCCUGUCGCUGGUGCCCUACACAGACUUCUACUGCGAGGACCAGGACUACCCUGGGUUCUUCGCCGACAUGGACACUCGCUGCCAGGCGUGGCACUACUGCGACAUCGACGGCCGACAGACCACCUUCCUCUGUCCCAACGGCACACAGUUCUCACAGGCUGUCUUCGUCUGUGAUUGGUGGUUCAACGUACGCUGCGACCUCAGCAAACAGCUGUAUCCAAUCAACGCGCGGCUCUACAGACGACCCAAGCUGAACCCUACACGGCCUCACAGGCUCAUCACCAAACAGCUGUUGGAGAACAUCUUCGUGUAGUGUGACAAUAUACAGUAGCCGCCUUGACUAUUGAUAGAGCUAGACAUUCCAUCCCCUAUGUUAAAGUUGUCGCUGAAUCUUAAAUCAAAAUGGACGUAGUUGAAAUGGGCCACCGAAAGAUUGCGCUGAAGUAAAUUAUAACACAUUUCUAUUGGGCGACUUGUAAGCUAUGGCCUAUUAAAUGUCAAAUCGACUAUUCAGUAACUAGAUUUAAGAGAGAAAAUAGAAUUUCAGAGAGUAGUGCUUUCUAUGAAUGGCUUAUUCAGCUAUGUUAUUUUUUAAUAAAAAUUCUGCGACAGUGUCCAUUUAUAGAUGGAAUGUCUACUUCAGAACCCAAAAGUCAUUGUAGCAGUGACAUCUCGGACGUGCAGAGUGCAACAGUGCUGAUAUGUAAAAACUUCGAAUUGUUGCUCUUCACCUGGGUUGAGCACUUGGAAUAUUUGUGUUAAUCCUCUUACAAACAGCCAGGACUGCCGAAAAAUCCCUAACGGCCCUAAAUAAUAUUGAUAUGCCAAAAUUACACUUUUCGUCGUAGUUGGUAAAUCUAUGAUUGAUUGUGAUAUGUUUUAAGUUAGGAAACACUGAGUGAGUGACAGUUAUCUACAGUCCUCAUUCAGGGUUGUACUUGGAACUGUGCUUACACUUACUGGUUGGAAUUCGAAUAACAAUCAAUAAUUUACUGCUUAUUGUACUCCUU